AUGACAGGGAGGCGGCAGCAGCGGCCUCCGCGCACGCGCAACAUCCGGGUCCAUACGCCUCGUCCUAGUGAGGACGUGGCAGCCCCGAAGGCCGAGGCCUCCGUGCGCGGGGGAGGCACUUCCGGCGGCGACCCGACGGCCGGCUCGGAACCGGAAGUGGGGCCUGGGAGUAGCGACGCCGGGAUCGCAGCCGGGGCAGGCGCUGCAGCCGGAGCCGGGGAGGAGCCCGGGGGCGGGGCUGCGGCCGGGCGGGAGUGGACAAGGCCGGGAUCCCCCCCAUUACCGCGGGCCUUCAUCUCCUCACUCUCAGCCCGGGCCGAAGGCCCCACCCGGUCUGGCCUACUGCUUGCCUCUCUUCUUACUCCCGGGUCUGCAGUGCGGGGGUCACUCAGCCCGGAGUCCUCUUUGACCGGAAGAGGUGAUCCCGACGUCCUGCUUGUCCACCCUCCCAACCUUUACCCCUGGCUGUCGGCUGGGGACCCACCGGCCGGCCGCUUGGGUCCUCCAGAUUCUUUCUCAGCCUCCACCGGGGCAGCCUCCCAGCCUUUGGAGCCUAGGGGCGCCCGUCCCGCUUCCUCGGGACUGUCACCCAGACCCCUCCCCGCGCCCCCCUCCCCCCUCCACGGCGUGUGCACCUUAGCCGGCAGCGUGUGCUUGUUGUGGGGAAAGUGA